CUAGCGUUUACCCAUCUUCUGGCAGUGCUAAAUAUACCCUCUGCCGACUAUCCACCGACACUACGAUCUGAAGGUGUUCGGAGUGCCGCUAUUCGUCAGCUCUCGUCGAUUUCGACUUGGUGUGUAGAGGCUGAGAAGGUCCAGCUCACAUUCCCGUCCGGUCGGGUCUCUAUAGCAGUUGCUUCACCUAGCCAGGAUGGCUAUUAGGAACUGACCGACCAUUGAAGAUGCGGGUGAAGCUGUUUCGGGAUUCGUUCGAUACCCCCUGGGGUUUCCGCUUGCAGGGCGGAAGGGACCUGAACCAGCCCCUUGUAGUACAGAGGGUUUUUUCGAACACUCCCGCAGAGGGUGAACUCCAACGAGGGGAUAUUUUUCUCGAGAUUAACACGAGGGACGCUGCAGGCUUUACACACAAACAGGCUCUAGACCAGAUCAAGUUUGGGGGGGGACAGAUCGACCUCCUCAUAGAAAGACCGGCUACACCAAACAUCAACCCUCUUCAUCCUCAAAGUCCAACACGAGCUCCGUCUAACCUACCAGCUGUUUUACCGGGAGCGAUCCAGAUUCCUAUAAAGAAGCGGCCAGAUCCGGUGUACGCAGCCCCCAGCAUGCAUCCACCACAGAACACGUCCGGACACCAACCCAAAAAGAUCACACUCAACACGUUUGGAGGUGGUACUACUAGUUUUGGUGCCAGUUACGGUAAGCCCCCGGCGAAGACCGGGUGGUCCCCGCAACAAUCCCCUUCCUCCUCCCAACAGCAGUACUCCCCUCAACCUAAUAUGAUGGUGCGUGUCCAGGAUAGUCUUGAUAGUGCUUUGUCACCCAGGUCUUUCUCCUCAUACCAACAGCCCGUUCAACACCAAGCUCCUCCUCCAAUGCGCCAGUUCAGUGCCGGACCAUCCUAUCCCUCCCCAGGUUUGACGUCGACACAGGCAGAACUGCAGGACCAGCAGCCAAGUUAUAUCCGGUCUAGUGACCCCGUCCCCGAGGAGGAUUUCUCAUAUAUCCCUGUUUCACAGAGGAAGCAGACAUUUUCUUCUAAACCUGCACCACCACCACAGGACAUGCGCUAUAAUAAUGGCAACAACGAGUUCCAAGAGGUUGGAGAAGAGGAGGAAGAUAAUUAUCCAACAGCUCCAGUUUGGGAACGACGAAAAAUGUUUGGUCAGGCCGCACAGCCUCAGAAAGCCGUCCCUAAAGGUAAAAAGGGACCGAAGCCGUUCAAACCGCAGUCACAAGAUUAUGCUGACUUUGGCGUGGAUUACACGAAAAUCAAGAAACAACCCGAGCCUGCAAGGUUCCAGCCAUCGGCACCACCAGCGCCACCCCCAGUACAGUCCAGACCAGUCAACUACAGCGGGGACAAUAUGGGUGGUUAUGAUAGGCCACCAGCGUGGUCCAGCUCUCUGAGAUCGUCAAAUGUCUCUAAGCCUUGGGAACUUGAACAACAGGACUCCUUCAUGCCUGUCCAAAACACUCCUCAGCGAGGAGGCCCGCCCUCCGUCAGUCCCAAACCGACGUCGCCCAGACCCCCUGCACAGGCUCCGGUCCAGAGACAGAUCCCUAUAAGGAUGUCUUCCACUGCCACACCCUCUGGGCCUACUCCAGCCAAUACCAAGACUGGAGACAGGGACUGGAGCGAGUCACACGUUUAUCGUAUGCUGCAUGAUCGGAACCCAGCGUCACACGCUGCCCCCGCGGUGAAUACCAAGCCUCCGCCACCUCCGGUGGCUUACAAGCCAGUGCAUCAACCGCCGGCUCCACCUGCACAAAAGCAGUAUCAACAAGCUCCACAGAACAACUACGGCUUUGACGAUAGCUACGGAACCUCGGACUUUUAGAUGCUAAAUAUGUGACGGUAUAAUUAAUUACGGAACCUCGGACUUUUAGGUGCUAAAUCUGAGACAAGAUGAUAAACCGACUUAUAUUUUGUGGUGUAGCGAUGAAAUAGUGAGAAGUUCUUGGUCAGUGACGGAUACAGAAAUUGUAUUGGGAAGGGAUGAGAUGAUGGUACAUUAAUUGUGCAAUUCAAAUAUUCAUAUGUAUUUGUAAAUUCUUAAAGGCCAUCCUUGUCCCGGCUGCCUUGACCCAUUGCUUUGGAGCGAAACAUUUCUCAUUAUUCUUAGAUUCAUGCAAAGCUUUGAGUUUUGAGGUGUGUAGUGGCAUAUUCGGUCUAUUUUGAGAAAAACAAACUUUUGAAUUUUCUUCCGAGAACUUUUGAAUAAGAAACUUGUCAUGGUGCUGAAUUGGUGUUAGACAAUGAAGCUAUAAUUGUAAUUAAUCCCUUUGUGUUGUGGAGCGGAACAAACGAUGUUUCGUCUUCUGAUGUCCAUCCACGGUACAAAGGAAGAUGUCUUCCAAUGACAGGAAGAUCGUCAGAUUUGUAAAAACGUCGUGAAAACGAUCAGAUUUCGAAGACAUUGGUUAAUAUAUGUCAGCUAUGUCGUUAAGGUCGGACAUCGAGAAAAUGUGCAAUACAAUAUUUAUUAUACAUGUUGUUGUGUGACGACUAGUUGCACGCUUUCUGUGAUUGUACUAUAUUUAGGGUCGUUACCUAGACAAGUUUACCUGUGUUAGUUAAUGAUGUGACGGCAUUCUAUGAUCUGACAUAAGUAGUUAGCGGCCAAUUUUCAUACUAACAUAUGGUGAGUUGGUCCGUAAAUGUGAUGUAACAGUUCUGAUUGGACGGUUUUUGUAUGAUUCGCUUUCGUGUGCUCUUGUAGCCUUUUCCUCUUUCCUGGAAUGUUCAUAUUAAAGUUUAUGCCUUAAAUUAAGAUUGUGCAAUAAAACAUUUUUAUUUGUAAAUGUGACUUAUUAACAGAUCUUUUACACGUUUAAUUUAUAUAUAUAUAUAUAUAUUUAUAUCGAGAUGCAAAAGGGAUAUAUCAUACACGGCAGACAUUGAUGAGCUAAGAUGCAUUGUCCUGUACAGUGAACGUACAAUAAAGUGGUCUCUCAUUUAC